GGUGGGGGUGGGAGAGGGGCGGGGUUUUAGCUUCUCUCGCUAGCGUUCUCUCUCUCCCUCUCUGCAAAUACCCUGUCUAUUUAUAUAUUAUCCAUCUAUAUAUCUAUUGCUCCUGCUAAUAAUUUCACAUACGAAAUUCCUUAAUGGCUCCUUAACACAAGCAUUGUGAUAUAGGGAACGGGAAGGGUGGUUCUUCUUAACCUACGCCCCCUGUUUUUUUUUUUUUUUUUUCUUUUUUUCCUUUUCCUUUCCGGUUUACUCCCUUUAUUGAUUUUUAAAGGAAUCCAUGUCAGGGAAUGAAUGGCUGAAAAUCCAUUGCAGUUGUCUAAUUAUGAAAUAUCAAGAUAUCAUGCGACGGGCUGGUGACUGUGAGACAAGUAGGAAUUAGCUCGGCUGAUAGUGGAUGAGAAGGAGGGGAGAGUGAGAGGAAGGAGAAAGAAUAGAAGAAGCAGAGGAUAAAAGGCAAUAGUUUUAUGGACUGGGAUUUGAAGACACCUUCUUGGGAUUUAGCCGAAUUGGAGCAAGAAGCAAUCCCCAACAUCGCCCCACUUGUUGGGUCUAGUAGCUUUGAGGGGCAGAAGACUAAAGAGGAUUGCUCUGUUGAUUUGAAGCUCGGAAGGUUGGGAGAUUCUGGGGAUGGGUCACUGGACAAGUUGAAGGAUCCAAGGAUUGCGACCAUGUUGUCUUCUCCAUCUGGCUCCACGAAGAGGGCUCGGACACCUGGCAAUGGAACCCAGACGGUGUCGUGCUUAGUUGAUGGGUGCAAGUCCGACCUUAGUAACUGCAGGGACUAUCACAGGCGCCAUAAGGUCUGCGAACUUCACUCUAAGACACCAAAGGUAAUGGUUGGCGGUCAGGAGCAGCGGUUCUGCCAGCAGUGCAGCAGGUUUCAUUUGUUGGUUGAAUUUGAUGAAGUGAAGAGAAGCUGUAGGAAACGUCUUGAUGGGCACAACCGGCGUCGAAGGAAACCUCAGCCCGAAUCGUUGGCUAUGAAUUCUGGAAGCUUAUUUCCUAAGCACCAAGGUACCAGAUUGAUGCCAUUUGCUACUACGGAAAUGUUUCCAACCACUGUUGUGAGCCCAGCUUGGUCUGCAGUUGUGAAAACUGAGGUAGAUGCUACACGAUAUAACCACCAGCAGCAGUUAAACUUCAUCGACAAACAAAAUACAUUUCCUGGAUCUUUCUCUCGCAGCUGCUAUAGAGGAGGCAAGCAUUUCCCUUUCUUGCAAAGUAAUGAUGUUACGCUCAUCAAUCGAACUCCAUCUGAAGCAUCCAUGUGCCAGCCGCUUCUCAAUUCCAUUGCAUCAUCAGAAAGUGAGGGUGGCCGGAAAAUGUUCUCCAAUGGAUUAACCAGGGUCAUUGACUCUGAUUGUGCUCUCUCUCUUCUGUCAUCACCACCAAUGCAAAGUUCGGGGAUCAGUAUGAAUCAUGUGGUGCAGCCUGACCCCAUCCCUAUGGCUCAGCCCCUAGUCCCAGUUCUGCAAUAUAAUGGUAUAGGUCGGUACCCAUGCUCACAAGGAAUGGAGGAUGAGCAGGGGGGUUCAGUUUUGGCUCCUGAUGCUAGUAAUGCAGACCUUCAUUGCCAUGGGGUGUUUCAGUUAGGACCUUAUGGGUCAGACCGGAAUGGGGGUCCGCAGACGCUUCCUUUCUCCUGGGAGUAGUCAAGAUAAUUCCUGUUCUUCAUGGCUCUUGGAAUGGCUUUAAGAUUGAUUAUUUUGAGCAUUCAUUUUUUUCGUCCUUCCAGUGGAUAUGUUUCUAAGAUGUUUCUAGCAUGGUGCAUAUUCAAUUUGGAUUCUAGCUUCCUCAGUGUUGCAUAUACUUUCUUUCUGCAUGCGCGGAGAGCUUCCUGACCUCCAAUUGAGCCGUUUUGACUCUAAAAUCAAAUGUUCUAUUAAAUGUUGCACUUGUUAGAAAUCUAGAGAGGCUUUCUGUUCAUAUUAAAUUUGUGUACGGACAGUGUUUUUGGCCGUAGGCUGGGUAGCUGAUUUUGUUUAUAGUGCGUUAUUCUUUUUUUCUCGUUGGCUGAUGAGAAGUAGCGGUCAGCAUUUUUGUUAGACUUAGAGCCAAAAUGACAAUUGUUUGGAGCAUUUGGAAGGAGAGAAAAGAAAAGCAGAGAUGGAUUAAAACAAUUCUGGCUGACAUUUGUUC